CGCACGCCAAUUGUCAAGUCUUGACAGCUGUAGGAGACACAACGGUGAUUUUUUCAAAGCUAUCGGCAUGCCGAAGGAGGGGCUGCGGGUCUGGCCAUUGAGUACGAGAAGAGCUUCACCACAAUCAAAAUCAUCCAUUACCUAUCCCACUGUUCCGUGCUCUUGACCGAAUUGGAAUAUCAAGUCCCGCGUGCUUCCUAUAUCAUUGACUGCUCUCCCGGUCGAGAUUGACUUCUUCACACUGCGACUUUGCUGAUAUAUACGAGAGCGGAGAUUCUAGAGAAGUUCUUCCAGCAAACAUUCUUCGCACAAGCAUAACAACCAUGGCUCUCGACAGACUCAAGUCCGUUGCCCAGCACGUCACUGGUAGCGGUCCUCCUCCUCACCCGUUCGACCCCCUCUCCAACGCAGAGAUCGAGACCGUUGCUCAGAUUGUUCGCAAGGAACAUGGCAAGGUCAACUACAAUGCGAUCACUCUUUCAGAGCCGCGGAAGAAGGAGAUGAUGAAAUGGCUCGAGGACCCAGCGCACACCCCCAGACCGGCAAGAAUCGCAGACGUAGUUGUGAUUGCGCCGGGUGGAAAGGUCUGCGAAGGAUUGGUGGAUAUACUGCAGGGAAAGAUCACAAAAUGGACGGUGCUGGAGGGUGUCCAGCCUUUGAUCACGAUGGAAGACCUACAAGCUGUAGAGCAUAUCUGCCGGAAAGAUCCAAAAGUUAUUGAACAAUGCGAGAUUAGCGGGAUUCCAAAGGAGGACAUGCACAAGGUGUACUGUGAUCCUUGGACAAUUGGAUAUGACCACAGAUUUGGAAGCAACCGCAGACUGCAGCAAGCCCUGAUGUAUUAUCGGCCGCACGUAGAUGACAGCCAGUACUCGUUCCCCCUCGAUUUCUGCCCUAUCUUCGACGCCGAGAAGCAAGAAAUCAUCCACAUCGAUAUCCCUGAAAUCCGCAGACCCGUUAGCAAAGCAAAGCCAAACAACUAUCACGCAGCGAGUGUCGAGGCAGAAGGCGGAUACAGGACGGAUAUCAAGCCCAUCAACAUUACUCAGCCCGAUGGAGUCUCGUUCAAAAUCGACGGAAGAAUCAUUGAUUGGCAAAACUGGAACUUCCACGUUGGAUUCAACUACAAGGAAGGGAUUGUGCUCAACAACAUCACAUACAACGACAAGGGCAAUGUCCGGCCUGUUUUCUACAGAUUGUCUCUGGCGGAGAUGGUGGUUCCUUACGGCAAUCCCGAGCACCCUCAUCAGAGAAAACAUGCUUUCGAUCUUGGCGAGUAUGGUGGAGGAUAUAUGACCAACAGCUUGUCUUUGGGUUGUGAUUGCAAGGGUGCUAUCCAUUACAUGGAUGCUGCAUUUGUCAACAGAGCAGGCGAGAGCACAACCAUCAAGAACGCUGUAUGCAUUCACGAGGAAGAUGCUGGCAUCCUUUUCAAGCAUACCGACUUCCGUGACGAAUCUGUCAUCGUUACCAGAGGCCGAAAACUCAUCAUCUCCCAAAUCUUCACAGCGGCGAACUACGAGUACUGCGUGUACUGGAUAUUCCACCAAGAUGGAACCAUCCAGUUGGAAAUCAAGCUCACUGGAAUCCUGAACACCUACGCCCUGAACCCAGGUGAAGAUACCAAGGGCUGGGGAACGGAAGUCUACCCCGGGGUCAACGCCCAUAACCACCAACAUCUCUUCUGCCUGCGAAUCGACCCCAAUAUCGACGGACCCAACAACACCGUCUUCCAGGUCGAUGCCACGCAAGGGCCAGGCGAGGUCGGCAGCAAGGAAAACCCAUACGGAAACGCUUUCUUCGCCAAGAAGACAAAGUACAGCACCGUCAAAGAGGCAAUCAGCGAUUAUGACGGCGUCACCUCCAGAACUUGGGAUAUUGCAAACACCAACAAGUUAAACCCAUACAGUCACAAGCCCGUCAGCUACAAGCUCGUGAGCAGAGAAGUACCAAGACUUCUCCCCAAGGAGGGAUCACUGGUCUGGAAGCGCGCAGGUUUCGCCCGCCACGCUAUCCACGUUACUCAAUACUCCGACGACCAGACCUGUCCCGCCGGCCGACACGUGCCCCAAACCUCGGGCGAGCCAUCCCGCGGCAUCCCCGAAUGGAUCGCCAACGGCGACGCGUCCAUCGACAACACCGACAUCGUAGUCUGGCACACCUUCGGCAUCACGCACUUCCCCUCGCCCGAAGACUUCCCCAUCAUGCCCGCCGAACCCAUGACCCUGCUCCUGCGCCCGCGCAACUUCUUCACCAAGAACCCCGCGCUCGACGUCCCGCCCAGCUACUGCAGUACGCCGAGCCAGGUCGCCGCUAAGAGCGGCGCGCUGGAUGCCGCGGAUAAGAUGUCCAAGUUGGUCGUUGCGGGUGGAGAGGCGGCGACAACGUCGUCGUCGUCGUCGUCGUGCUGUAAGAAAUAGGAGAGAGAACACGCAUAUUAACAAAUAAAAAAUAAACCGGCAUUUAGCGGGUGUUGGCUUGUUUGAUUGGUGUCUUUUUUAUGGUCUUUUUUUCUUUUUUACCAAUGGUAUAGUAGCUAGGGGGGUAGGCAUUGGAUGAUCUGUAAUGAAGCAAUAUUAUUUAUCCACGUUCGUCU